AUGGGUAAUAAAUCAUCUUCUCAUAAAGAUUCUGAAGGAUUUCCUGAAGCUCGGGGCAGAAGUUGGUCAUUCAAUGGAUUAGCAUCUAGAGCAAGGAAGGCCAGUCGUAGUCCGUUACGUCCUAGAGCUUCUUCCUUAUCAGAGACAAAUAAGAACAAAAAACCUACAACUGCCGUGAAAUCUAACAUUCCAGCUAGCGUGAGUGAAAACACUGGUGACAAAAGCUUAUCAGGUAGUCUACAGUCAACAAAUGUACGUAAUUCAUUGGGUCGGCAGGCUGAACUGAUUCGAGAAACUAUGAAUAGGAGGAGUUGUGAAAUUAAAGGAGUAAAUCCGUCUGUGACUAGUGGUAAUAAUGAUAAUCGGUUGUCAGGUAAUUUUGACAAACGUCUAUCCGGAAACUUUGACAAGAGAUUGUCGGGUAAUUUUGACAGUAGUGUUUUAACAACCUCUAACAAUACAUUAAAUAAUACAGAGUCUACUGUUACUAAUAGUAAAACAAAUAGAGGUAAUGUCGUGAAGGAUGAUAAUGUUUUAGAUUCAACCAGAACAACUGAUUCAGGGUACAAUACAGCUUCACGAAGACCUCCAUUAGCUGAGGUGGAAGAUUUUGAUGAUGAUGCUUCAGCUGCUGAAAUAAGGAAAAUAUCUCAAAGUUUAUAUAGUGAUAAAUUGUUAGAGGUUUGUCAAAGACGAGGUGUAGCCAGUUUAAAUCGUGAUCUCUCUCUAUCUCAAGGCGAUAUUUUAUCAACUAUGCCUAGUCCAUUAUUACGGAAUAAAGGAAGGGCAGUGUCACACCAGAGUCUGGCAUCACCCUACCAAAGUACAGACACUUUGGAUAAAUCUUCUGCGAGACCACUCUCCAAUGAAAAUUUGGAUUCAUUACGCAGGAGGAAAAAAUCUAUAUCAAAGGAACUAGAAGCAGAUGACCUGAGUUUUCAAAGCCGACCAAGAACAAACUCCACUACAGUUUUAGAACUUCAAUCUCAAAAUCGGAAAAACAUUACUAUGGGUAUUGAAAAGUUACGUCAAACAUAUCAAAUUGCAAAACCUGCAGGAUCAUCUACAUUGCCUAGUUCACCUACCAAUUCACCAGUAAAACCAGAAAGUUUCAAAGCACAGAAAGUUCUAUUGACAAGAUCCAUGAAAGUUGAGAGUCCUAGUUCUGUGGAGAAGGAAACCAACAAUAAUUCUUUUAAAAAAUUAGCAGUGAAUAAGGAAAGUAGUCCGAGUAAAAUCUACGGACCUGGUGGAGGGAUAUCAUUACCACCAAAACCUUCUUAUUCUGUGAGACCGCUUGGUCAUUUUAAACCCCUGCCAGAAAUCCAUGAACAUGGUAUGCUAAGUUCUAGUGUGCCUGUUCAGUCAGGAUACAUUGAAUAUAGUCCCAACCGAUUCACUCAACAUAGUGUGGAUGAUACUUAUUUACCCAAACGUAGCAGUAGUAUCACAGAUAUGGCACCCAGGAUGAGGAAAAGUGUCCCCAGUCAGUGUAGUCAUUCAACACUUCCUGAACUCGAGGAGAGUUUACGUCAGAGAAGUCAGAGUGUGUUAUCAUUACGCAGUGCUUCAGGACAACCUAUUGGUCAGUUCCAUACAGGAUCUUUAUAUUACCAGGUUGUAUCUCCCGAAAGAGCUUGGAAUUACAGUGUGACAAGUCUAGCAGGUGAUCCAGCCUCAGCCAGACGACAACUUGAUUUUCAAGUUUUAAUUUACACAUAUGAAUGGAUUUGCUUUUAUUCCUUUAAAUGUAUGUUGGUGUAA